UCGAGGCGCUUUUUAGCGGACAAUUAUGCCAUUCUACAGAAGUAUUCUACAGAAGAAAAGCCUGUUACGAGUAAGUGGAGAAGAAAGAUCUACCGAGAUUCUUAUCUCAUUCCAUUCCAGUGGCUCAACCAGUAACCAAUGGCGAAAACUCAAAAAUCCAUGGUUUCCCGGUAGAACCCUAUUUCGCCCAAGUUGUUUCGGAACCGGAAAAAAGAAGCGGUUUUUCGCGCAGCUUGCUCAUAGUGCGGGUCCCACUUGUAUAUUGUAUUUGGCCGAAGAAGCAUCAGACAGGUUUACGUUCUUACCUUCUUGGGACUCCAUGGACCAAGAUCUUCUUUUAUUAUAUGGUCAAUAUCGAUCCACUUUAGCAGAUCAUAUGGAUGUAGAAAAAGCUUCAGAUUUGGAUGAAUUGGAAACAUCUCUUUUCCAUUUCUAUUUACCCAGUUCAUAUCUUUCUUUCGUGUGUUCCCGGGAGGAAUUCGAUCUCUUCAAUCUCUCCAUACCACCUAAAUAAGAGUCAAAUAGGUCGGGAAGAAUAGAGCAUAUUAGGAUAUGGGUCGGGUUGGACGACAUACAUCUUGGUUGGUUCCCCAUCUUUGCAGGGUGAUGAGACCAAUAGCUGUGGAGCACGGAUGACCAUCUCUUCGAGCACAGUCCUAAGAGCGAAUCCAUCCUACUGCUUGGUAAGCAAGCAAUCUGUGAUGUAGGCGCAUACUCCCAGUUCUGAUUUCUCUUCUUUCUUUUUUCAUAUGGUGAUGAUAAAUUGGACUAAUAUGGAUGUGAGAGUUAACAGGUCUCAGUGCUAUAUGAGCAAGGGAAAAGAAGGCAAGGAAUGGAGCGGAUGGAUCACCUCCUUUUCAGGGAGAGCUAAUGCUUGUUGGGUAUUUUGGUUUGAUACUGCUUCGUACCCAAAACGAAAAGCAGGAAGCUGGGUUUAGCUUUUCGGUCGAGCUAGGCUUCACUUCCUAUCACCCUUAGUUGAAGGAAGGCACAUCUAUCUAAGAAAGCAAGGAGCAUCCUUCCUAUCUAUAGUUGUCUAUAGUUGAAUAGAAAGAGAAAUCACUUUCGAAUAUGUCACCAUAAUGGAUUUGUCUAAUCACAGGGUAAUGGGCGAAGACUUCCCGUGGCUACCCUACCUGAGGACGAGGACCUGCUCUCGAAAUUCUCUUUAGUGAUAGAGUAUAUUCCUCCGUGAAUUCACUAAGAAAUUCCAGUUGUCAUAAAACCCUGCCUUUAGGAAUGAAAUAACAAAGGAUAUACCCACACCCUUUCUGAUCCAAUGACCAAGAAAUAGCACUUUCGUCUGAGCACCGUUUCAUGUACAGCUUCUUUUCCUGCUACACCCCGAACACUAUACUCAGGGUUCCAAACCUCCAGUGAGUGACUAUAAACGAUUAUGUCACCGAGGUUUUCAACUACAAACUGGUCAAGGUAAGGGUUGAAUUUAUCCAUUGUUGUGCGGAAGAAGACCUGAAUUAGGAUGAUAUUCAUAGAUCAGUUACUCUUUUUGCACGUUAUGGAGUUUCCACUCCAUGUUGAAAACUCUUUCAAAUAGCAUGAGCGUUAGAUUCUUUUUUUUAUGACUGAUAUAAAUGGAAACUCUUUUGUUAUAUGCCCGAUACCCAACUUCGUUCUUUGGUAGAUCCUAACACGAAUUAUGUACACAAUGAGGAUCACAAUCAUGUUGUUGUUUGGGUAUCAAGCUAUCAACUCAAUCUAUUUACAAAAAAGCCUUCAGUGUAGUGAUGAAAUUGUGAUACAUAACCAAUCCUAUUUGUUUAUUACUAAAAUGAAUAGAAUCCUAUCAAAUCUUUCUAUUUCUCCUUUGAAUUUUUCAUAUAUAUCCUAUGAAUUUCAUUUCGCACCGGAAACUAUUCUAGGAGAAGUUCGAAUCCGUUCCGUUCGGAUAUUGAUUGGUCUUGGUUUGACAUGGUUACGCGUUACUGGUUCCCGGAAGACUUAAUAUCUCUAUUAGCUAAACCCUUUCUUACCCUGCCUUUGGACUCGUAUUUUGUUCGUACACAAUCAACGGAGGCCUUCCCGACAUAUGUUGCAACGUCUUCAAUAGCAUGCUCUUACUUCGUUUUUCCCUUAAUAAGUCAUCAAAUUUGGUGCUUUUUGAUCCCCAGUUGCUAUGGGGAACAAAGGAGGAAAUACAAUCGAUUCCUCCAUUUAAGUGGUUCUCGCUUCUCCUUGUUCCUGUUCCUAACUCUUCCCCGGGUAGUUCCCAAUGUUUGGCACUUUCCAUACUUCAUGGGUGAAACAUCAACAAAUUCGCUCAUGAUCAAGUUACAACCUAAGAUCUAUGACCAUAUUAUGUUAACUGUUCGUAUUUCGUUCAUUCCAUCGGUAUGCUCCCAGGUACCUGUAAUUGUGAUCCGUUUGCUAGAACCAAGGGGUCUUUCUGUAGAAACUUCCACGAACAAUCGUCGUUUUUUGAUGGUUUUUCCGCUUCUCACAGCUGCUCUUUCCACACCUCCGGAUAUCUGGUGCCAAAUUGUCGCCCGUUUCCUUAUUUCUUUGAUAAUAGAGUUGGCUAUCUUUGUGGCAUCGAUUGUACAAGUUCGUUCAGAGGGCUGGACGAGUGAUUAAUACCCGGGAGAGCGGCUCGAUCGACAAAAAAUAAGAGUAGCCCCCUAGAACCUGGCAAAGUCAUUAUCAAUGAAUUCCAGAGCAAUUCUCAACCAACAUAUGCGAUUCAUUCCCGUAAAGAUUAUAACACACAGAAGACUCCUUACCUUAGGAGCGGGAUGAGUGAUACAUCCUAAGAGCGCCGGUGAAGAACGAAAGCAAAGCUUACGCUCGGGUAUAUCAAUAUUCCAUCAAGAGAAAGGAGGCAGACUGGUAAGAAGGCCGACCACAUAGGGGGAGCGAACCGAAAAACUCAGCUUUUCUCCGCGGACCAAUCUUCCGUACCGCCCCCCCUUGACUCUCUCUCUAUCCUGCGGGAAGCGCGAAGAGCUAAGCCACUAAUGUCGUGGCGAAGGUUAUACCUCAGAAAGUCAACGAAGCUAAGAUUUCGUUAUGUCUUAUAUCCUUUCGAUCGAGUGACAACUUCGUUUCCUUCAUUGCCCUUUGUUUGACAAAAGUCAAAAAAGAAUUCCUCUAUUUGAUGUCGAUUCAUCCACACUUCCAUUCCUUGUAGAGGAAGGCUAACUGCUUGCAGGCUGGGAGCUGUAUGAGCGGUAACGUCCACGUACGGCUCCGUGAGAAGGGCGGUGGAAGUUUUAACAACCUUGUUGUACCUCACUCUCG